CAAGUAACAAUUAAGGCUGUGAACAAUAAAGCAAACCCAAAGUCCUUUGCUUCCUUUGACUUAAUCCAAUUUCUUCAGUUAUUAACUGUCAUAUUUGAGAAAAAUCAUAAUCCCCAUUGUUACCAAUCUGUGAACCGUUAUGGAAUUAGCAUUUGCUGCUUCAGUGUAUCCGGGAACUGGGAAGAGAGCCAUCCAUGAGAGAGAGACAAAACCUCUCCGCUCAAAACUCGUUACCACCAAGAAACGGUCUUUUCACAACAAGUUUCUAUGUUCAGUUGCUGUUGCUCCAGACGGGAAUCGGGUGUCUGAGGUUGAGUUGGAGAAUAAAAAACAUGAUCUUCUCCUGGCUGUUCAGGAGACACAACGGGGCCUUGUUGCAACUGCUGAUCAACGCUCAAUUAUUGAGGAGGCUCUGGUCAGCGUUGAGGGAUACAACAUGGGGGCACCAAUUGACCUGGUAGUGCUGGAUGGAACAUGGCGCCUGCAAUACACGUCGGCCCCUGAUGUUCUCAUUCUUCUGGAAGCUGCUGCAAGGCUUCCCUUUUUUCAGGUUGGGCAGAUCUUCCAGAAAUUUGAGUGCCGGGAUCAGUUCAGUGGAGGUGUCAUCCGAAAUGUUGUUCGGUGGAGUAUUCCAAAUUUGUUAGAGGAGCAAGAAGGUGCCACUCUGGUUGUUUCUGCUAAGUUUGAUAUUGUUUCUGUGCGGAACAUCUAUCUUCAGUUUGAAGAGAUAAAAGUUCAAGAUAUAAACAUCAGUGAACAGAUGCAGGCCUUAAUUGCUCCAGCACUCCUUCCAAGGUCAUUUUUAAGUCUACAGAUUUUGCAGUUUCUCCGAACAUUCAGAGCUCAAGUUCCCGUAAGAAACCCAGGGACUGGAAGGAGAUCAGUGGGAGGACUUUAUUACCUUUCAUACCUGGACAGGAAUAUGCUCUUGGGCAGAGCCGUUGGAGGUGGAGGAGUCUUUGUGUUUACCAAGGCUCAACCCCUUGAGCUCUAAGGACUGAGUUCAAUUUGUGUCUCGAUUAGUAGAACCUCCAUAUCGCAAGUUCAGAAAUUGGAAAGACGGGAAACAUUCAAACAAGUUAUCAUUACUCAAGAAAUCCAAAGC